AUGUCAGACCUUGCAGAGAAGAAGAACGAAGUUGGACAACCAGCUCAAGCUGUACAAGCCAGCCCAGAAAAGGUUGAGAACAAGGGCAAGGGUAAGGAAAACGUAGAAGACGAAGAAGAAGACGAAGAAGAUGAAGAAGACGAUGACGAAUACAACGACGAUGAAGUUGAUGACGACUUUGAGGAUGAAGAUAUGGCUGAAAUCGACCCUUCAGCAAUCGUCGACACUGGAUCAAGAAGAACGCGCUCAAAGGUUGAUUACAGCUCAGCAGACGCGCGUAAGAAGGCAGAGUUAACUGAUAAGGAGGAUGACGAAGAUGAUGUACGUGUUCUUUAG